AUGCCCUCCCUGUGGAGAGAAAUCCUCCUGGAGACCCUCCUGGGGUAUGUUUCUUUGUCUCUCUGCCAUGGCCUGGGACCAAUGAUCUACUACUUUCCUCUGCAAACUCUGGAGCUCACUGGGCUUGAAGUUUUCGGUGUAGCAUUUCUUUCUCCCAUCUUCCUAACAGUCACUCCUUUCUGGAAACUGGUGAACAAGAAGUGGAUGCUCACCCUGCUGCGGAUCAUAACUGUUGGUGGCAUAGCCUCCUUUCAGGCUCGAAGUGCCGAACUUCGGCUAGUGGUCCUUGCGUUUGGUGUGUCUUCCUCGCUGAUAGUACAAGCUGUGACAUGGUGGACAGGAAGUGGGUUACAAAGAUACCUCAGAAUCUGGGGAUUCAUUUUAGGACAGAUUCUUCUUGUUGUUCUCCGGAUAUGGUACACGUCACUAAACCCAAUCUGGAGUUAUCAGAUGUCCAACAGAGUGAUACUGACCUUAAGUGCCAUUGCUACACUUGAUCGCAUUUGCACAGAUGGUGAGUGCAGUAAACCUGAGGGGAAAAAGACUGGUGACACCGCCAAAAGGAAGGCUGCUAGACCAAACUGGCUGUUGGUAGGAGCUGCCUUUGGCAAUCUUAUGUUCCUCACCCACUGGAUUUUUGGAGAGGUAUCUCUUGUUUCCAGAUGGGCAGUGAGUGGGCAUCCCCACCCAGGACCAGAUCCUAAUCCAUUUGGAGGUGCAAUUCUGCUUGGCUUAGCAAGUGGACUAAUGCUUUCAACUUGUUCAUGGUUUCCUGCUUGCAGUUUAAUCUGGUGGGUUACAGGAGCGGCUUCGGCUGCCGGUCUCCUCUACCUGCCCAGGUGGGCAGCUGCCAUGUCUGGCUGUGUGCUCGCGCUCUUCACGGCAUCCAUGUGGCCUCAGGUGCUUGGACAUCUUAUUAGCUCAGGGUCAAACCCUGGGAAAACGAUGACUGUUGCCAUGACAUUUUAUGUUCUAGAAACAUUUUUCUGUGCGUGGUGCACGGCUUUUAAAUUUGUCCCAGGUGGUGUCUACGCUCGAGAAAGAUCUGAUGUGCUUUUGGGGACAGUGAUGCUAAUUAUUGGACUGAAUAUACUGUUUAGUCCUAAGAGAAGCCUUGACUUUCUUCAAACAAAAAACAGUCCUAAAGUGCUUUUCAGAAAGAGUGAAAGAUAUAUGAAAAUUUUUUUGUGGUUGCUUGUUGGAGUGGGCUUAUUGGGAUUAGGACUACGGCAUAAAAACUAUGAGCGGAAAUUGGGGAAAGGGGUACCAACCACACAGGUCUCUGCUGCCAUCUGGCCUUUCAGGUUUGGCUAUGACAAUGAAGGAUGGUCCAAUCUAGAAAGAUCAGCACAACUGCUCAAUCAAACAGGUGCAGAUUUCAUAACGAUUUUGGAGAGCGAUGCUUCUAAGCCUUUCAUUGGAAACAAUGACUUAACCAUGUGGUUAGGGGAGAAGUUGGGUUUCUAUACUGACUUUGGUCCAAGCGCAAGGGAUCACACCUGGGGGAUCAUGGCUUUGUCAAGAUACCCAAUUGUGAAAUCAGAGCAUCACCUUCUCCCGUCACCAGAGGGCGAGAUUGCACCAGCCAUAACACUGACAGUGAACAUCUCGGACAGACUGGUGGAUUUUGUUGUCACACACUUUGGGAACCACGAAGAUGACCUCGAUAGGAAACUCCAGGCUAUUGCUGUUUCAAAACUACUGAAAAAUAGCUCCAAUCAAGUGAUAUUUCUGGGAUAUGUCACUUCAGCACCUGGUUCCAGAGAUUAUCUACAACUCAUUAAACAUGGCAAUGUGAAGGAUAUCGACAGCACAGAUCAAGAUAGAUGGUGUGAAUACAUUAUGUAUCGAGGCCUGAUCAGAUUGGGCUAUGCAAGAAUCUCCCAUGCUGAACUGAGUGACUCUGAAAUUCAGGUGGCCAAAUUUAGGAUCCCCGAUAAUCCCAAUAAUUAUAGAGACAAUCAGAGAGUGGUCACAAACCACAGGGAAGUUCCUGAGAAUAUUCAUUUUAAUCCCAGAUUUGGAUCCUACAAAGAAGGACACAAUUCUGAGAAAAACCAUCAUUUUCACAUGAGCACUCCCAAAUACUUUCUAUGA